AUGUCGAACACCAUCGAGUUCACGGGCGGAUGCGGCGCCACCACCACGCGCAUGGUGCUCAAGCGGGAGAUGGAGCGCUUCGGGCACGUGGACGUCUGCCACAUGGGGAACCGCGAUAACCCCAAGGCGGAGCCGCCCUGGGUCAGAUUCGCGAGCAGCACCGCCGCGGACGCCGCGGUGGAGAGCACCCGGCGGGGCCCCCCCCUGGUCUCGCGGGAGCCCCGGGACGCGGAGGUCGGCAGCCGCGAGCUGUUCAUGCAGCGCCUGAGGGGCGGGGGCGGCGACCGCGACAGGAAGAGGAGCCGCAGCCGCGGCAGACGGAGCCCGAGCCGCGGAAAGAGGAGCGACAGCCGCGGCAAGAGGAAGAAGAGCCCCAGCCGCGGCAGGCGCCGCAAGAGCAGCAGUAGCAGCAGCAGCCGCAAGCGCAAGAAGGACAAGGAGAAGAGCAAGGGCAAGGACAAG